GAAUUUGAGACGACCUUCACCCCCGUAUAAACAGGCAACGUUAUGGCCUCCGUCGGUCGGUUUACCGCUAGACUUCUUAGAAAUCCUGCAGUUUUACGGGCAGGUCGACAAUGGCAGCAGACGGCCCGGUGCAGUGUUGUCGCAGGGAGUGCACAGCAUACACUGAGUGUCCGAAAACGCAUCGAAGAUAUGAAGAAAGCUGCACUUCUAGGGGGAGGACAGAAGAGGAUAGACAAACAGCAUGAGAAGGGUAAGCUGACUGCUAGAGAAAGAAUUGAGCUUCUAUUGGACCAGGGGUCAUUUGUGGAGUAUGACAUGUAUCUGGAACAUGACUGCACUGACUUUGGAAUGGAAAAAGAAAAGUACCCCGGUGAUAGUGUGGUCACAGGCAGGGGAACAAUUAAUGGAAGAGUCUGCUUUGUGUUCUCCCAGGACUUUACUGUAUUUGGAGGGAGUUUGUCAGGAGCUCAUGCCAAGAAGAUCUGCAAGAUUAUGGACCAGGCCAUGUUAGUUGGGGCGCCUGUGAUUGGUCUUAAUGACUCGGGCGGGGCUAGGAUUCAGGAGGGAGUGGAAUCUCUUGCCGGCUAUGCCGACAUCUUCCAGAGAAAUGUGAAUGCUUCUGGUGUUAUCCCACAGAUAUCUCUCAUCAUGGGACCCUGUGCAGGUGGAGCAGUGUACUCCCCAGCACUGACAGAUUUUGUUUUUAUGGUCAAAGACACCUCUUACCUGUUCAUCACCGGUCCUGAUGUAGUCAAGUCUGUAACUGGAGAAACUGUCACUCAAGAAGAACUGGGCGGAGCCAAAACACACACAGCUACAUCUGGUGUGGCUCACAAGGCAUUUGAGAACGAUGUGGAGGCCCUACUCCAGGUCAGGGAUUUCUUCAACUUCCUGCCCCUCAGUAACGAGGACCCCUCCCCCAUCAGGCAGUGCAGUGACCCCUGGGAUAGAGAGGUUGCUGGUCUAGACACAGUUGUUCCCCUUGAAACGACAGCAGCUUAUGACAUAAAGGCAGUCAUCAGUGGUGUUGCUGAUGAUUCUGAGUUCUUUGAAAUCAUGCCAAUGUAUGCCAAGAAUAUCGUGGUGGGAUUUGCUCGAAUGAAUGGCAGAACAGUGGGAAUGGUGGGAAACCAACCCAAAGUGGCAGCAGGCUGUCUGGAUAUCAAUGCUUCCGUGAAGGGGGCUCGCUUUGUUCGGUUCUGUGAUGCUUUCAAUAUCCCCAUUGUGACGUUCGUAGAUGUGCCGGGAUUUUUACCAGGAACGAACCAGGAGUAUGGAGGAAUUAUCCGACAUGGAGCCAAGCUUCUGUUUGCUUAUGCUGAAGCUACUGUACCUAAAAUCACGGUCAUCACGCGUAAGGCGUACGGUGGGGCCUAUGAUGUAAUGAGUUCUAAACACCUGAGAGGAGACACAAACUAUGCUUGGCCCACAGCAGAGGUCGCUGUCAUGGGAGCAAAGGGGGCUGUGUCCAUCAUCUUCCGUGGUAAAGACCAGGCAAAGAAUGAGGCGGAGUACAUCGAGAAGUUUGCCAAUCCAUUCCCUGCAUCAAAGAGAGGUUUUGUGGACGAUAUUAUCGAACCCCGGGCCACCAGAAAACAGAUCUGCAUAGAUCUAGACAUGUUAGCCAGUAAAAAACUGGGCAAUCCUUGGAAGAAACAUGCCAACAUGCCACUGUGAUCUCAAGGUCUUUUGUUAUAUCCAGGCUUAUCGCUGCCUCCCUGCAUUCUCAUUACCCAUAGUGCUGUGGACUUUUUUAAGCUUCCUGCUGGACAGUCUUAUAAUCUGUCAAAAACUCAAUAAAGGGGGAGUUUAAAUGCAUUAUAUGUAAUGAUAUAGGUUUUUAUUGUACAAUGUAACUGUUGCUGACUGAAUAAAUGUUGAGUGAAUUGAUUUGAA